AUGGAGUAUCUCACACAAUUGCAAGGGAGUGUGAAAACAUAUCUCUUCGAUGAAUUGCCAUUGGAGAGCACAUCGAAGGUCGAGAAGGACUUUCGUUCAGCAACCGUGUGUCCCUUCUGUCGCAAGAAACUGGAGGAUGACAAGGUUAGACAUCAUGCACAUGUGGCAGGUGAAUAUACCACAGGAAAGGGAGAAGUACGCCAUUUCGAAGCUGGACAGUACAUCUGCACCUGUUGCACCAAGUGUAACCUACAACUCUCAUUCAACAAGAAGAACUAUCGUCUGCCAGUUUACUUCCACAAUGGAUCGCACUACGACUUCACAUUCAUCAUGAAGCUCAUCGCGACGAUGCCUGGCGGGAAUCUCGAAGUCAUUCCAACCACCGAGGACAAGGAAAUGCAGAUCGAAUACAAUGGCAUUCAAUUCAAGGACUCGUUGAAGCUCAUCAGCAGUCCACUGCGUUCCAUUGUGGCACAGACACUUGGAGGUAACUUGGACCUCUAUGUGCACACCAAACAACAACUACGCAAGUAUUGCGAGUCUCGAGGCAAGCAAUGGAAUGAUGAAUACAUCGAUUUGUUGACACGGAAGGAACCAAUGUUCUACAGUCUCAUCAAAUCAUACGAGACAUUGAACAAUACCGUCAUUCCUUCUCGCGAGCAAUGCAUUGAUGAUAUGAAGGGAGAAAUGAUGCCUCAAGACGAGUAUGAUCACAUGGUGAAGCUGUGGAAGACCUUCGAUAUCAAGACAUGGGGUGAAUACUACGAAUUGUACAAUGUACUCGAUGUGACUCUCAUGGCUGAUGCAUUCGAACACUUCCGAAACACCACACUGAAUGCAUUCGGUGUUGAUCCAAUGCACUACAUCACAGCACCGCAAAUGGCAUAUUCGCUAUUCUUGAAGGUCACAAUGGAGGGCGAUCAUAGUGAGAGUAGCCUUAUGACCCUCGCAAGGAAAUGGGCUCAGUACAUCAUGCGCAUCAACGCGAAUGAGGGUCUCGCCGAGAAACAACUGGUGAAAGUGUUCUUGAAUCGCAUGGGUGAAUUCUAUGAAAGCAAGGGCAUUCGAUUGAUGGAGACAAAUGAUAUCGAUGACUUCAUGCGAUUGUUGAAGAACCUGCGAGGAGGUAUCACACAGAUCGUGAAACGACAUGCCAAGGUCAACAUUGACAACAAGGAGCAAGCAACGUCGUCCCAAGGCAUCUACUACCUGGACGCCAACAACCUGUACGGUGGAGCCAUGCAUCGAAUGAUGCCUUACGAGUUGGUGGGUGUACCUGAGCGACGAGAAGUGAUGGAGAAGAUCAAUCGUGACCCGAAUGGGUGGGUUCAAUCACUCAAGACGUUCGGUAAGUAUGGAUUCUUCAUCGAGUGUGACAUCGAGGCACCAGUGGAACUCCACGACAAGUUCAAUGACUUGCCAUUCUUUCCCGUACAGAAGGCGGGCAUGUACUCUGAUGGAAUCAAGAAGUACGCUGAGAAGAACGACAUUGUGGACAAAGUGAAAGAGGUGAAUACACCGAAGCUCAUCUGCGAUCUUGUACCUCGUCAAAAGUAUCUCGUGCAUUACUCUCUGUUGCAACUGGACAUUCAACAGGGAUAUCGUGUCACGCACAUUCACCACAUCAUUCGAUUCAAGCAGGCACCGUUCAUCUUCGAAUAUGUGAACAUGCUGAGUGAGAAACGAGCGAAGUCCAAGACCACUGUGGAGAAGAACCUGUACAAGCUGUUGGCAAACUCCACCUAUGGCAAAUUCGUGGAGACUGGGUUGAAACGGAUAGAAAGUGACAGUGUCGCUAACACAUGGAAUGAACGUGAGGCAAUCAUGCAGAAGCAUGGGUAUGACAUAAUCGCCGGGACUACCAUGUAUUCCGAGAAUCUUAUCGGUAUCAAGCUGAAUACACCGGUGCGCAGGGUGGAGAAGCCAUUCUUUAUCGGGUUUGCCAUUCUGGACAUGUCCAAGCACAUCAUCUACGAUUUCUACUACAAUGUGCUCAAGAACACAUUCGAUAACGUGGAGCUGUUGGGACAAGACACGGACUCGCUCAUCGUGCAACUGCACGAUCGCGCUAACAUCGUUCACAAGAUGUGCGACAUGUACAAAUCGUUCGACUUCUCGGAAUUGGAUAACACGAGCUACUUCUAUGGUGAACUCGUGAACUAUUACGAGCAUGAAGUGGACAAGAGCAAGUUCCCUUCAUUGGACUCGUUCCUCAACUUCAACAAGAAGUUGCCUGGUCCGAUCUUCAAGGACGAGCACAACGGACAUCGCAUCACGGAGUUCGUGGGACUUAGACCGAAGAUGUACUGCUUGGUUGAUGAGAAGCAUGUGAUACACAACGCAGCAAAGGGAGUUCCUCGCAACGUGGUGAUCGAUGGUGAGAGGAUGAGUGUGAAGAACAUCGACUUGUACAAGCGUGUCCUUGAGGCAGAGAAGAAGGAAGAUGCAGUGAUCGAAGGCAGCUUCAAGCGCAUCAACAACCAGGCCUUCGAUAUCAGCACGAAGGAACAGACCAAGACCCUUAUGACGUGCACGGAUAACAAACGAUGGAUCUUGGACGACAACAUACACACACUUGCGUUUGGACAUUACCGAUUGAAGGACAUGUAA